GCCUAUUCUCGCAUAUAUAAAUAUGUCUAGCAGUAGGAUCUUUUAACAUGAUUCGAAAUGACCAAAAUCUUUAACAGUCAAUCAUCUAUCUCUUUCUCACUUUGCGUUAUUUGAACCCUUAGCAACUUGAGAGCCAUCCAUAUAUCUACUGUGAGCCAAUAUGUCUUCAUCACCGGCUAGUCAUCACCAGGCAUUGGUGAUUGCGGAAAAGGGAGCGUCCCACUCUCUCGUUUCCCGAGUCACUUCUCAGCCCGGACCUGGCCAGUUGCUUGUUGAAGUAAAGGCUAUUGCACUGAACCCCGUUGAUGCUGUCCAAAGGGACAGCGGGUUUCUUAUUUCCAAGUAUCCAACUGUACUGGGCUCCGAUGUCGCUGGUAUUGUUAUCAGUGUUGGUCCGGAUGUUCCUUUGGAUACACCGCAACCCGGUACCAGAGUUGCCGCCUAUGCCACGGCCUAUUUUCACCAGGGUGAGGCAGACUUUGGUGCUUUUCAGCAAUUUGUGAUAGUAGGUGUGGAAAAGGUGGCCCCUUUGCCAGACUCGAUCAGCUUUUGCGAGGGAUCUAUCUUGCCCAUGUCGGUGUCCGUUGCCCUGUCGGGUUGGAACGUUUUGGGAAUCCCUCGUGAUACGGCAUAUUCCUCUGAGGACAGGGAAGGGAUCCUGAUUUGGGGAGCGUCUACUAGUGUUGGAACUGCAGCUGUGCAGAGUGCGAAAUCUAUGGGAUAUCAUGUCUAUGCUACUUCGAGCCCACGUCACCAUCAAUAUCUAAAGACCCUCGGGGCGGAUAGAGUAUUCAACUAUAACUCUGACGACGUAGUUUCGGAAAUCGUAAAUUCUGUGAAGGAAGAUGAUGUAACACUACAUCAGUGCUUUUUGGGUCGCGGGAGUCUUGAGCCGAUCGCAAGCAUUCUCAAGCAACUGAAGGGUACUCGAAAUGCAAAGGUUGCCUCGGCACCACUCAUACCGGAAGAGGCGAAAAAGCUAGAUGGGGUAGACAUUAUUUUCAUCUUAACUCCACGGGAUCCCAAAGCAUCAUAUGAUUAUUUCCGCUGGGCUUUCGUUGAGUGGCUGAAAGAAAAGCUAGCUGCUGAUGACUAUAUUCCCAGUCCCCACUUGAAAGUUGUAGGGAGGGGUUUGGAGUCCAUAGACAAUGCACUCGACGGAUUAAAACAAGGCGUCAGUGGGACUAAGUUAGUGGUUGAACUUUAACGAGAUGCAAAGGUUGAGUACACGUACUUUAUCUUAUGGCCAAUUCCCAUGCUAGCAAUCAAACAAUAUCAAUUGAUGCCGUUUAAAGUGUUG